AUGAACGACGACGUGGUGAGCGAGAUCCUCCUGCGGUUGCCGGCGAAGGCCGUCCUCCGCUCCCGCGCCGUCUGCCGGACCUGGCGCCGCAUCACCACCGCCCACUACUUCAUCACCGCCUACUCCCGCCGCCGCCCGCUUCAGCUCCUCGGCCACACGGACCCCAGCGAUCACUUUACCUCCGUCUACACCUUGACCUCCCUCCCAGCCACGGCUGUUCCACGCAUCGACGACGGCGGCGACAUCGCCGGCUGCCGGCGUUUGCUUCAACGCGGCAGAUUCUGCUUGAGCCUGGUGACUACCUGCGACGGCCUCCUGAUGUUCAGAAGAGUGCAGAAGGGGGGCAUGCUCAUCUGCAACCCGGCGACGCGGCAGCUCGUCAAUCCGGUGAGCCCUGAGCCGUCGUCGCGGCCAAAGGAUAACGAGCUGCGGACACUGGGCUUCUACUUCCACCGGCCGUCCGGCGAGUACCGCGUGCUGUGCCACCGCCCACUCCUAGAUAAUACCACCUACAUCCUCUCCACCGGCGCCGCCGAGCCACGGCAGCUCGGCGGCGGCCCUGACUACCACCGCUGCACCAUGUUCGUCGGCGAGACCAUCGGCGACACCGUGUACUGGUGCCGCCCCCGUUACCUGCAGAACGGCAAGCCACAGAUAUCGUCGUUCGACACGGUGUCGGAGGCGUUCCGCCUGCUGCCGCCGCCUCCGGUGAGCCUCGCCGAGGACGAACUGGUCGACAUGAUCGACAUGCACGGCACGCCGGCCGUGUGGACGAUGACCGAGCUGCACCUCGACGUCUGGGCCUUGGACGAGGAUGAGAGGUGGGUGCGGCGGCUGCGGGUGGAGAUGCCUCCGCCGCCCGCGCCACUCGCCUACUGGAGCAAGGGCAGCUGGAAGAACGCCGUCGCGACGUUCGAGUCCGGCGGCGGCGGCGUGCAGAUGGUGGUGGUGACCUGGGCUUGGAAGUUGCUGUACGACGACACCAACAAGGACAGGAGGGUGGUGGGUCGCACCGUCGCACUAUUGUUCCGAGACACUGUGGACAUUUCGGGCACACCAAUUGUUGGUUUCAUGCCUACCGGGAGAGCCUCGUCAGGGUGGAAUCUUGCACGCCGGACCUCCCGCCGGACGGCGAGCCCUAUCUACAGUUCUGUUGAGUACAAACACGUCGUUACUAGCUACUGA